UUAGGACUAAUCUUAUAACAUCUGUUUCCUAUUAAUUCAUCUACGCCGAGAGCUCUCUUUCUCUCUUUGCCUUCCCCAGCUAUUUCAAUGGAUCCUUCAAUUUUCAAGCUCCUUGAAGAAGAUGAGGAUGAAUCGAUGCAUUCAGGAGCUGACGUAGACGCGUUCCAAGCUGCUCUGAAUCGUGAUAUUGAAGGUUCUAUGACAACUUCAAUACCCCACGUGACAAACCCAGGAAACAACCAUUCUUCCAGGCAGCAGUUUUCGACAUGGAAGAAUGGUAUUGGAGAUUCUAAUAUCAAUGUCCAGACUCAGCAUAGCCUUGAAAGUACUCAGAUGAAGGAGCAAGAAGGAUCGACUUUAGAAAAUCAACAUCAACAUGAUUUGAAACGCGCAAAUGAACCUCAUUUACAACACAACCAGCCUCAAGACCUUCAUCGAGCUGGUCAACUCUGGGAGAAUCCCUCGCAGGUCCCCCAAUCAACUGGGUUACCGAUUAGUGAAAAGAAUCCUACUGGUAAUGAAUCAGAUAGAUCCCAUAAUCAAGAGAGUGAAUCUCAGUAUAUGAAACUGCAAAAGAUGAGUAGUCAACAGGCUCGGGGAGUGGAACCGCCUGUUAACCCUAUGAAUGUUAACCCUAUAAACCGCAACCCUAAGCAAGUACCAUUUGCUGCUUUGCUUCCUACUUUAAUGAACCAACUCGAUAAAGAUAGAGCACUGCAGCUCCGUACCCUAUAUGCUAGACUUAAGAAAAAUGAAAUCCCCAAAGAGGGGUUCACACGACAUAUGAAAGAUAUUGUGGGCGAUCAGAUGCUCAGGAUGGCAGUUAGUAAACUCCAGCAGGUGAACUAUAACCAGGGAAAAAUUGGAAUUCAAGCUCCUUCUACUGAAAUCAAUAAUCAAAAAUCUCAGUCUGAUCCUCGUGCAGUCCAUCUUAACCAACUACCGUCCUCAGCUUCAGGCACCUUAGGCAGUUCAGUUCCGGUACAGGGACUUACCAAACAUCCGCAGCACCAGAUGCAGCAUCCACCAAGUUCUUUUCCUAUGUAUACCACUUCUGGUAGUUUUCAUUCAUUCCCGGGUCCAAACACCAAUGCUUCUGGUUCCACGUUGAGACCUCACCUUCAUGAUUCCCAUAUGAGACAUGUGGCACAUAACCAGCCUAUGGGAUCAACUGGUCUUGGAGGACCGCCCCAGUCUACCACAAACAUGAUGACUAUGCCCAAGUUUGAGAGGCCAAGUUCUGUAAAUGAUCCGAGUAGGGUUCAGGGUGGCGCUACAUCGCACUUCCAGAACAGCUCAUCAUUGCCUCUAAAUUCUGCACCUGGUCAAGGAUCAUCAGUGUCCCACGUAAAGCAGGAAUCAGUUGAUCAAAGUUUUGAAAAGAAUAAUGCAGCCUCAAUGACUUCGAAUGAGGACUUAGAGAAGGAGUCCUCUAGAAUGGUUUUAUCCACGCCUAACAACAUGGCGCCUGCAAGCUCUGUUUCUCCUUCCAUGACAACUCAACUAGACGCCAGCACAACUAUGAAUUCUCGUGGCCCAUUGGGAACCUCUCAAGGAGGAGCUAAUGCUAGGAUGCCACCCAAAAAGCCUUCUGUUGGUCAGAAAAAACCUCUUGAGACAUUAGGUUCUUCACCUCCACCACCAAGCAAGAAGCAAAAAGUAGCAGGGAAUUCUAUGGAUCAAAGUAUUGAACAGCUCAAUGAUGUCACUGCAGUCAGUGGUGUUAAUCUCAGGGAAGAGGAAGAACAAUUAUUUUCUGGGGCCAAGGAAGAUGGUCGUGUUUCCGAAGCAUCUCGGAGAGUUGUGCACGAAGAAGAAGAAAGAUUAAUCUUGCAGAAGAAUCCUCUGCAAAGAAAGCUGGCGGAAAUUAUGGCUAAAGCCGGGUUAAAGCAGAUAAGCAAUGAUGUCGAACGGUGCUUAUCUUUGUGUGUGGAGGAAAGGAUGCGAGGACUAUUAUCCCAUAUAAUUCGGUUGUCAAAGCAGCGGGUUGAUGCUGAGAAAUCUAGGCACCGGACUUUUAUCACAUCAGAUAUUCGGCUACAAAUCAACGAAAUGAAUCAGAAGGUGAAGGAAGAAUGGGAGAAGAAACAGGCUGAAGCAGAAAAGCUUAAGAAACCGAGUGAGAGUGAAGAAGGUGAUGGUGGAGUUGACAGUGAGAAGGAUAAAGAAGAUAAUCGUUCAAAGGGUGUGAAGGGAAAUAAAGAGGAUGACGACAAAAUGAGAACGACAGCUGCAAAUGUUGCUGCUCGUGCUGCUGUCGGAGGAGAUGAUGCGUUCUUAAAAUGGCAAUUAAUGGCUGAAGCUCGUCAGAAAUCUGUAUCUGAAGCUGGUAAAGAUGGGAAUCAGAAAACUACUUCAGGUGGAGGAAAGAACUCCAAAGAUAGACAAGAUGGUGGACGACGGUUUUCUGGUACUGGUGAGUCCAUCCUUUUUAACUUGUUUCCCCUAGCAAAGCCGAUGAACAAACCGAUAAACCCUCCUUGAAAGCAUGAAAUGCUGCUAGUGUUAGGAAAUGCUAAGAAUCUAGCUGUGGUGUGGGGAUUGUCUAUCGAGUUAGUUCCUCACGGUUUUGGUUUGCGAUGAUGAGCUUUGGAUUCUUGUUUGCAGGUGGUCGAAGAGUAGGGAAAAACCAAGGUUCGUCGCUUCAACCGAAAGUGGUGAGGACAAUCUCUGUGAAGGAUGUGGUUGCGGUCCUCGAAAGAGAGCCACAGAUGUCCAAAUCCACUCUGAUGUAUCGAUUAAUUCAAUAGAAAGAAGAAUCAUUAUAUUUAUAAGCUUCUGAUGAUAAUUUAAUCGUCAAGGCCCCAAGUCAUUUAUUUUUAUACCAUUGUGAUUUGUUUCUGUUAUGUUCAUUGUUUUUUCAUGGCCAUUUCAACUCAAACGUCAAUUUACAACACAUCUUCUAGUGACUCAUAUCUCAAUACUUUGCAUCCAAUGCAAAAUUGAAAGACAAAAGUACUCUUUGUUAAAUCAUAUACAGUAUGUAUCACACCGUCUAGUUAGCGACUGGACCCAUCAAAUAAAUAAUCACA